AUGUGCGCAGAAAAAGGAAAGGACGUCGGCAAGGAAACGGAAGUAAUCGACAGUAAUGAUGACAAGGAGGGCGCGAGCGAAAGGAACCGCUCGCGUGAAGAGGACAACGUGUCUUGGAUUAAAGGAACAGCGGAAAGAUAUGAGUGGUUGAUCCUGGUCCAUGAGUCUGGAAAAAAAAGUAAGGUUUGGAAAUAUUUUACGGAGUAUGAAGCAAGGGGUGGCCAGGCUGGUACGAGAGGGAUGACGCAUAUUGUUCGGUGUAAAGUAGAAAGAUGUUGCAAAGAAUUGGCAUAUGGAGGGCGCGCGAGAUCAUCAGCUACAGGAAUGAUAGACCAUUUGUCCCACAUACACAACAUCGUUCUGAGCACGGAAGACCGCGGCAUCCACAAAGCAUCAAAGCGAGAUUUAACCUCAGAAAAUUCGGAGGCACCCCAAAAGCAAACUUCAAUGGAAGACUUUGUGGUACAGAGGAAUUUAGCGAUUGGCACGGGCAAAUUCACUACCGAUAUGAAAAAUCGGGCAAAUCAUCUGCUGCUGGAGAUGAUCGUCACCGAAUUUCUACCAUUCAAUAUUGUUGAGAAGAAAUCAUUCAAGAAGUUCAUCGCCUUCACCUGUAAUCCAUACGAACUACCAUCGCGUAAAUAUAUCAGUGACACACUACUGCAGGACAGACCGAGAGCCAUGGAUACUGAAAGGGCCAAGUUUUUCGCAACAAUGGACUUCUUUUCCUUGACCAUCGAUGAAUAUUCUGCUCCAAGCGUCGGACGGAGUUUCAUAGCGUAA